AUGUUGAAUUGGUUUGAGAGAGUGUCAGAGCAUCUUAAAGAACAGCAAAAACCAACCAAGAUCGCCAUAAAACUCAUCGAAGUGUUCUACGAGGUUUCCAUGAGUCUGUGUCAGAUGACCAGUGCAGGCAGUUAUAAAAUCCUGGAUGUCUUUCUGUUGCGUUUUGGAGCUGUUGUCUUGGAUCAUGAAGCACCUUUCUCUCUGCGUUUAGAGGCAAUCAGAACCAUAAACUCCAUGUUAGACAGCAGUCCCAAAGACAUCAGGAAGAGACUCUGCCAGUCAGAUGACAAUAUCGGGCUCUUAGAAGACUUGGCAAAAGCGCUGAUAGACAUUGGGGAUUAUGAAAUGCAGGUGGCCAUAUCUGAAGCUCUCUGCAGGAUGACUCCAAAAAAACUGAGGGAAGACUUUGCUGGCAAAUGGUUCAGUUUCAGAAGCUUUGCUUCAGCUUUUACAUCAAUUCAUGACAAAGAUUUUGAAACGGACUGCAGGACAUUCCUGAAUGAACUCAACAGCUAUUUUGAGAACUCUCGAAGAGUGUUCUCCUUCCCUUGUAUUAGGGUUUUUCUUGACUCAACCGAAGUAAGCAUGUUACAUUUUUAA